AUGUAUCCAAAGAGAUUCUACAAGAAGGAUAAGUGGGAGAUUCCUGAAAGGUUUCAAAUGGGUGCUAUAGUAGGAGGCCCAACGGAUUACUUCAAUAAUAUGUCGAAGAAACAGAGAGGUAAAGGAUUUGUGGAGGAAUUACUUCAUGACGAGGAUGCCAACAAGUGGUUCAAGAAGACUUAUGACGAUAUACAGCUUCAUAAGAUAAGCGGAGGAAAGAAAUACUACAAAGAAGUUGUGGCCAAGAGAAGAAAGCAGCAUUGA